AUGACUAUUAACAAUUUUAUGUUAUCAGAAAGUUAUGAUAAUAUUAUAAAUGAGAAAUAUUUUCUAAAACAAGAGAAAAAAAAUGUUCAUCGUAUUGUUGAUACAUCUACAAAAAGUGAAGAAGAAAGUUUAAACUUUUGUUAUCAAAGUAAAUUAGAUAACAAAUAUUUAUCCUUAAAUUAUAUAAUCGAUAGGUUCAUAAAAAAAAAUAAGACAUUUAAUAAAUACAACAAAAAUAUACUGGCCCUAAAUCAGAUUAAUGAAAAAUUCCAUUUUUCAAGUAAUUAUAUUAGUAAGCUUAUCAAAAAAAAAAAAAAAUAUAUAUAUUUUCCAACAAAAAUAUCCAGAAAUUUUAAAAAACUUAAUUUUGAUAAUGAACAAAUAGAGAAUAUAAGAAAAUAUAGAAUACUUAAGAAUAUAAGGCAGAUAAUUCAGAGAGUAGAAUGUAAAAUAUAUUUUGAAAACCCUAAAUAUCAUGAAAAAGGAAAUAUCAGGAAACUUGAUUUAAUAAAUAUUUUUUAUCAUAAGAAAAUAUCAUUUAAAAAAAAUAGAAACAGAAAUUAUUUCAUAAAUAAGAAAUUUAUUAUAAAGGAUAAAUUAAACAGAACUAAGGAAAAUAAAUAUUUGAAUUCACAUAAAAUUUAUAUGAUGAAUAGAAACGAUGAAAUUCAUUCCAAAGACAAUAGUUUUCAUAAUGAAAUAAAGAAUAUGGGAAAAUAUGGAAAAGAAAAAUAUGAAGAAAAGAAGAAAAAAAAAAUUAGAGAAGAAAAAAGUUUAAACCAUUGCAAAGUAGAGCCAAAUAACGUAAGUACAAAAAAUAAAGGUUCAAUGAUUGAAUUAAAAAGAAAAAGUAUAAUUUCUUCUUCAUCAGAUAUAUGCAUCGAUUCUUCAGAAGAAGGCUCAAAAAAAAAGCAAAAAGAAAAAAAUAUAUAUAUUGGAAAGAACUUUAAUAAAAAAUAUUUAAAAUACAUUAAUUGUGAUAAUAAUAUUUUUAAUAAAAAUAGAUUAAAAAGAAAGACAUCUUCAAAUAAUAAAACAAUACGAAGUUUUCAAAAUAAUUCUUCAGAAUAUGAAACGUGCCCAUACGUAUCUGAUUAUACGAAUAGCAAUAAAAUUUUAUAUUUAAGUAAGGAAGAAAUAAAAAGCAAGUUGAAAAUGAAAAAUAUGAACAUGUUUUAUGAUAGUAUUUUAUACAGUAAUAUGAUAAAUUUAGAUAUAGAAACAAAUGAAAAACGUUACUAUUCUUCAGAAAAAUUGAACAACAAUGAUAAUACUAAAAAUAUUGAUUUUUACAAAAAAAAAAAUAUUUCAUUUGACGGAAAUAAGAAUAUCAAUCAAAGUAAAAAUAAUAAUAUAAAUAAUAUAAAAAAUAACUCAUAUUAUUAUAUGCACAACAAUGAGUUUAAAAAAAAAGAGGGAAACAAAGAUAACAUAACUGAUUGUUUUUUUGAUAAUGAUGGAAUAAAUUUCUUAAAUAAAAAUAUUUUAGAAAAAUCAAAUAAAAAUAAUAGCUCUUUUAAUAGUACUAAAAAUCCCUGUUAUAUAGAUUGUCUAAAAGGAAAAGAUGAAGAUAUUCUGCUUAAAAAUAAAAAUAUUUAUGAGAAAAGUUACAACAUGAAUAAACAUUAUUUUAACAAUGUACUGUUAAAAUUUAAAUCACUAGAUAAUUCCAGUGAUGGUUGUAGUUUAAAUACUACAGAAUUUAUAAAAAAUAUAUCUAAAAGUGAAAAUAAUAAAUUAAGUGACUCUUGCAUUUAUAAAUAUAAUUUUAAUUAUCCUUCUUUUGAUAUAAAUGCUUCUACUAUUAAAAAUGAAAUGGAAAAAACAAUUAAUUUUAAAAGAAACCUUUUUUCUAAUUACAAAUCUUACAUAAAUAAAAAAAUAAAUUUAUCAUCAUCUUAUAUGAACUAUCAUUCUAACAAAUGUAUUUCUGAUUCUUACUGCGAAAAAGAUAUAUAUUUCAGUAAAAGGGAUAAUAGAUUACUUGUUCCUUUUGAAAGUUUAAAAAAUUAUAAUGAUGAAUGUUUACCCAGUUAUCAUAAUGAUGCUACUCAUUUUGAAAAAGAAAGAAAAAUAUUUUUUGAUUCCAUUAAAAAUAUUAUGUGCAUAAUGAAAGAAAUAAAGAAAAUUAGAAAAAAUUUAAAAGAACAAAAAGGGUAUUAUUCUACCAUAGUUGAUGAAGAAAAAAAAAAGGAUUUCAAUGAUCUGAUAAAAUAUUUAACAUACCAAAAAAUAGUUAGAAAAGAAUUAAAAAAAUAUUAUUUUAAUAAAAUAAAUAAAUGCUUAUUUACAUUUUUGCUACGCAGUAACCAUUUAAAUUUUUCAUUCUCGGAAAAUGAGGCGUUAUUAUUAAAGAAAUGGAGUAAAUUAAGAUACAAGAAAAGUAAAGAGAAAAAUGUAUAUAUAAAAAUAAAUCCUAAAGAUAAAAAAGCAGAAAAUGAAACAAUUGAAAAAAUGAAAAGAAUUAAUGAUUUAUAUGAUAUGGAAACAUCUUUUCUUUAUAAAAACAGUAUUUCCAAUUCAAAUAACUACAAACAAAAAAAAAAUAAAAGGAGAAUCAAUAAAAAUUAUACUAUAAAUAACAAUAUUAAAGAAGAAAUAAAUUCCCAUAAAAUUAACAAUAAAAGAUUAUUGUCAUCAUUAAAUGCAUAUAUAAACAAGACAAAAACAAGUAAUUUUUUUGAUAGUGAUAAUAAAAAUAUUAAUGGAAAUUCUUUUGAAUCACCUUUUAAAUUUUGUGAAAGCAAUAAAACUAACAUAUUUGAUAUUUUUUUAUUUUUAAAAAAUACAAAAUUAAAAAAUAUACAAAACAAAUUUAAAAAAAAAUUGAAAAGUAAAUGCAUAUAUUUAUCAAAAAUUAAUGAUUUCAAUAAGAUGUUGUCUUAUAUAAAAUAUAUUUUUAUGAAAUUUUUAAAGAAAGAAGUUAGUGAUAUUGAUAGUAUAUAUAUAAAUGAUUGUUUUAUAAAUUAUGUUAUAUGCUUUUUUUUAUCCUUGCUAUUGUUUAUUUUUAAAAACGUUCAUACAAUAAAAAUAAUAAGAUGCCAUUUAUAUUAUUCUUAUUUUAUGAUAUUUUUAAAUUACUUUAAGAGUAAUAAUUUGAAAUAUGUGCAUUUUAAAUGCAAUAAUAUUAUAGAUGAUAAAAUAGUUGAUAUAGACAACUAUAAUAAAUGUAAUCAAAACUUUAUAGUAUAUUUUAACGCAAAUUAUAUUAAGAAACAAAAUCGUGAUUGUGAUAAAAAGAAAAAAAAUAAUAAAAAUAAAGUAGAAAAUUUAUGUAUGAAUAAUGAUACAUUCGAAAAUUCUUCCAAAAAAAAGGUCAGUAAAAUAAAAAAUAAAAAAAAUAGUUUUUAUGAUAAAAAUAAAAAAGAUUUAAUUUUUUUUGACCAAUAUGGUUUUUACGAUUAUUUUUCAAUGAAACAAAAAAAAAAAAAAAUAUCUUGUUUUUCUGAUGAUUUAAAAAGUGAAAAUUUAGGUAGAAUAUCAUUAAAUAAAGAAAAUAUUAAUAUAAAAAAGAAAUAUAAUAAUAGAGAUAAAGAAAAUUUUUUAUUUCAUUUUAUAAGAAAGGAGUGCGACAAUAAUUUAUACAAAGAAACAAAUGGUGUAAAUAGUGAAGAAAAUUUGAAUAAUUCAAUAGAACCAAUUAAGUUGGAACUAUUCAGUGAAUCCAGAAUUGAUAAUGAAGAAAAAAAUGAACUAAAAGAAUUGAGUAACCCAUUGAAAAUAAAUGAGGAAGUAGAAAAUAAAAAAGAAAAUAGUGAAUAUAAUGAAAUUAAUACAUAUAAUAUACAUAGUUCCUCAUGUAAUGAAGAAAAUGAUUCAGAAGAUUCUUUACAAGAAUUAAAUGAAUGCGUUUCUAGUUUUACUAGGAAGUCAUUGGAUUACAUGGAUUUGAAUAAAAUAAAAGUUUUAAAAUUAUGUUCUAAUAAAUUAAAUGACAAUGCACUUAUGUAUAUUUCUACAUUAAUAAAAAAAAAUAAAUUAAAUAAUAUGAGAAUAUUAGAUUUAAGAUGGAAUAACUUCACUUAUAAAAGUUUAAUAACAUUAUCAUUUGCCUUAACAAAUACAGUAAAGAGUGAUUCCUUCACUACUAAAAAAGUCAAAAAAUUAAAGUUGCGUAAAUUAUUAUUAUCUGGGAAUAACAUUAACAGCUCACUAUAUUCUUCUUUUUUAUCUAGUUUUUGUACAUGCAAUUUCGUAGUAGUUGAAACAUUAGACUUUUCCAUGAAUAAAAUUGAUAACGAAAGUUUUCCAAUUACUUAUAAAUAUUUCAAGCACAUAUUACAAUUACAAAAACAUAAAAAACAAAAAAAUAAAAUUCAUGAUGUAUUUAUAAACUUAGACCAUAAUAAUUUAAAAAAUUCGAUUUAUAUUAAUAAACUAAUAAAGCUUUUAAAAAAAUUUCCUAUCAAAAAUUACAGAGAAAAGGGGUUAAGACAUCAUAAAAAUAGCAAAGAACAACGUGUAGUAUUAAGUUUACAAUAUAAUAAUAUAAAAAAUACGAAUGCAUAUGAAGUUUAUGAAUGCUUUAAAGAAAGAAUUAAAAUUUAA